AUGAAGACAAGGAGCCCUGGUAGAAGCUACUACAGUCACCAGUUUUGGUAUCAUGCCACAUUUCUCAGUUCAUUCUUUGGUGGUGCAAUUCGAGCUGAAGUAACUGGACUUGCACAUGUGCAGAAGUUGUGCGAAAGAUUUCGCAAGAUCGAGUUCAGACAUAUUACCAGAAUACAGAAUGAGUUGGCUUAUGCUCUCGCCACCAUCGCUUCUAUGAUUAAACAUCUAGAUACUGUUUAUAUCGAUCCUCUAGGUAAAGUGUUGAAAGAACAUCCGGUCCAUUGUUCACACGUUGAAGCAGAACCAGAUGGUUUGCCAUGGUACGUUGAUAUAAAGAGGAGGACUCCAGACUUAGGUCUUCUCAGAUGCGUUAAUGAUGUUGAAGACGCGAAGCUUAUUAAACAGAUACAUGCCGGAGUUUGUGGCACGCAUAUGAAUGGGCUCACUUUGGAAAGAAAGAUUCUUCGAGCCGAUUGGGGCAUAGAUGUCAUCGGUCCGAUAGAGCCAGCCGCUUCUAAUGGACACAGAUUUAUCUUGGUUGAUAUUGAUUACUUCACCAAAUGGGUGGAAUCAGCUUAUUAUAAGUCGGUAACCAAGAAAGUUGUAGUUGAUUUCGUUCACAACAAUAUGAUAUGCAGGUUUGGAGUACCAGAAUCCAUCAUUACUAAUAAUGGUGCAAAUAUCAACAGUCACUUGAUGAGGGUCAUAUGUGAGCAGUUUAAGAUUACUCAUCGGAACUCAACCGCUUAUCAUCCUCAAAUGAAUGGAGCUGUAGAAACAUCGAUUGGAGCUACUCCAUACUUGCUAGUAUAUGGAACAAAAGCAGUCAUACCUGCUAAAGUUGAGAUACCGUCAUUGAGAAUUAUCCAAAAGGCUGAACCAAGUAAUGUUGAAUGGGUUAGCAAGAUAACUGAUCAGUUAACUUUGAUUGAUGAAAAGAGAAUGGUUGUCGUUUGUCAUGGUCAACUAUAUCGACAGAGAAUGAUUCAAGCUUUCCACAAGAGAGUCAAAGCCAUAAUUUUUGAAAUCGGUCGCUUGGUACUUAAGCACAUUUUUCCUCAUCAAGAAGAGUACAAAGGAAAAUACGCACCAAAUUGGCAAGGACCCUACAUGGUUCAAAAAGUAUUAUCUGGAGGUGCUUUGGUCCUGUCCGAGAUGGAUAGCACCGCGUGGCCGAAGUCGAUCAACUCAGACGCUAUCACGAGAUAUUACUUGUGA